UCCGGGUGCGACGGCAUGAGAUGUAGGCUAGCAGGCUAACCGAAAGUAGCGUCAAAACACUGAUACUAGAGCGGUAUUGAUAAACGUAAAGAGAAGCGAACAUGAAGGGGGUAAACGAUUUUCAGGAGUGUUUUUAAAGAGAAGUCGUUGUGAUCUACAUAGAUUGUUAUAGCUCAAAAUUUAAAUGUCAACAACGCGGCCCCUCCUCGGGAUGAAGCGAAUCACCGAGGUUACCUGCACAGAGCCGCCGAGAGGCAGUCAGGCCCCGACCGCCAGCAGAACGCAGCCCAAGUCGCUCACCGUUGACGAGUUUACAGUCCAUGAGGACAAACAAGCAGAGCUCAGAGGCACCAAACCCAAAGUCGAGCAGGUUUUUCAAGUGACAUUCACGAUCAUUGGACUGCUGGAUCACACUGGAGCCCACGGAAGUAAGGCUUCCAGGCAGAUCUGGCUCCAGUUGAAGGGGGAAAAGGAGGAUGUGUUAAAAGCGAAGGAGUAUGUGAAAGGCCUGUGUGACCCAGAGCUUCAGAAGGAAGAGUGUUACCCGGUGGACAUGCAUUGCAUUUUUGCUGGUGCUCGUGGACUCUUUUUGGACCGGUUGCUUAGAGACACAAGUGCAGAGGUUCAAGUGGUGGAACCAGGCCGACUGAGGUUAAUUGGUUGUGCGGAGGGAGUCGUUAUGGCGCAGAGUCGUGUUCAACAGUUUGUCGUCCUCUUUCAGGAGAAAAGGAGCUUGCCUGCUGAUAGGGAACCAUUGAUUAAGCGCACCUUUAAGACCUUUGUUGAGGACAGGGCUGAUAAAUAUGCCAUGGAGCUGCUCUUGCUUCCCAGUGCCCUCAAAGAGGAACUUCUGGGUUUAGCUCAAAGUCCAACCCAGCUUAUGGCUAUCAUAGACCUAGAGCAGGAUCGGUCUCAGACCAGCACACCCGUAACAGACCUAUCCAACCGUAUCCUGGAUGCCACAUUUGAGGACAAGGCCUCAGGUUUUCCAUCCACUCCUGAUAUCAUGACCGGUCUGACUGGUCGGCCCUGCUGCAAGCGGCGCUCAUCUGAAAGUGAGCAGAGAGACACUAAACGACAAUACUCACUGGAAAGGAGAGAAGAAGAGCAGCGGGAAGAACGACAACGAGAGCCCAGCAAGACUCAUGCGAUAACAGCCGCAAAGGGGAUGCAGGCUGCAACGGUGCUGAACUCUAGUGAGGUGAUGAACGAGGGUGAGACGGUGAGUCCUGAAACUAACUUGCGAUGCCUAGUUAACUUCUUCAGAACCAUGGGCUACCAGCAGGAGGUGGUGGAGCGAGUGGUGCGGGAGACGGGCCAGACAGAGGAUGCAUUCUUGCUGCUAGAACGGAUUGUGGAGGAGACGCAGAAGACCCAGAGCAUGCAGGGUUCCAAGCGGACCUCUCGUACACCCGACCCUUCCCCAUCUGCAAACACUUCCUCCACCUGUACCAGGCUCAAAGAAAAGGAACGAGUGCAGAUGCGAGCUCUCGCAGAGAUGAAAUGUAAAGAAAACAUUAGGCCUCCCAGCAGUAAUGGCUUAGGUCAGAAGAACCCAACAAGCCACGUGCCACUGGUUUCGGCAUCUAUCAAAAGAAACAAUGGUGCACAGAAUGACAUGUGUGAAAUCAUCAUAAUUGAUGAUGACGAUAACGACUUGGCAGAGGUGGAGAGAAAGCCCCGAAUUGUAGGGCUAGAUUUGAGGUCAGAGCCCAAGUUUGAUUACCUGCCACGUGGAAGCUCUCAAACUAUGGUUCCUGUGCGGAUGGAGAGUGUGACCACUCUCCGCAGCUCCUCUCAAGGCCCUCCCUUCCGGAACACGGACACGCGACCAGGCUGCUCUUACCAGACUCUUCCUGGAAGGGCUCCUCCUCUUCGCUCGGAAGCACAUAGCACCUCUAAACCAGCACCCCUCACCGGUAUGUCUCGUUUCCAGCAGUCCCUGAAAACCCCCUACCGACUAGUCCUACAGAAUGAACCAGGUUGCCCUGAUCUUCGACACAUAAUCAUCGAUGGGAGCAAUGUGGCAAUGGCGCAUGGACUUCAUCUGAUCUUUUCUUGUCGUGGGAUUGCCAUUGCUGUAGAGGCCUUUUGGCGCAGAGGUCACAGAGAAAUCACAGUCUUUGUACCUCAGUGGAGACAGAAGAGAGACCCCAACAUCACUGAACAGAACUUUCUGACCCAACUGGAGAACUUGCGACUCCUCUCUUUCACCCCAUCUAGAGAAGUGUGUGGACAGAGGAUUUCCUCCCAUGAUGACAGGUUCCUGCUUCAUCUGGCUGAGAAAACAGGAGGGGUCAUCGUCACCAAUGACAACCUGAGGGACUUUGUGAACCAGUCAGAAGUGUGGAGAAGGAUCAUCCAGGAGAGACUUUUGCAGUUCACCUUUGUAGAAGACCACUUUAUGAUCCCAGAUGACCCACUUGGAAAGCAUGGACCUCACUUAGACGAGUUCUUGCUUAAGCAGAGACAAGGUAGCCCUAUCAUUCCGCAUUUGAGGACAGACCUUCAGGCAACUCCAUCAGUAUACACCCAGGCAAUGCAGCAAAUGCCACAUCCCUCCUCCCCUUUGCACUGGCCACAGUCCGGCCCUCCUGACUGGCACCACCCUCUGCCAUCCCCCUCUCCACCACCCCAGCGAUCGCCCUCAGAAACCACAGCACUGCAGAGGAAGUUGUACGACAUCUUUCCUGACCAAAAGCAGCGCAUUGACCGUAUCCUCAGCGACAACCCAUAUAUGAGGGACCUGAAUGCGUUGUCAGGCCUAUUGCUGGGCUAAUGCACACUCGCACACCCAUUACAGUUACACUCUUGGCUACAUCCUAGUCUUAGAUGUGAUCGCCACAAACAUCAGUGUAAGUGCAUGGAGGUCACAGGACUUUUUUUUAUUAUUAAAGACUACCAUGUUUGAAAAGCGCUGCUACAAGCAUUUAUUUGUUUGAGGGAUUCUGUUCCAUCAACUAAUUUGGAUAUCUUGGGGCCUUGACAAUUACUGCAAGCACAAUAAACUUCAGUUACGUUUUCUGAGGAAACUUUAACUAUGCGAGAAUGGCAUAUAUUUUAUGUAAAUAUUUAUGAAGAAUAAUCUUCCUUUUCUGUAAAUUGUCUUUUCAAAAUCUUUAUUCUAAGAGGUGUUCCAGCUACACAGUUGUUGAACUGGCUUUGCUGAAAUUACUGCUGAAGGACAAAUGUUUAUUUGCUGUUUUUAUAUGGUUUUGCUUUCUGUUUUAAAGUUUUUGUGAAUAUCAACCUUAACUCAAACAAGUUCUAGUCUCCAGUCACUCUAAAUUGCCCUACUGAAGUGCCCUGUCAUUUGCUUGCAUGAUAGAAUUGCCCCACUCUGUCUAAAGUGGCUUUACUUCCUUAUUCCUAAUUUUAGUUCCUGGCUGCGUUCCCCUUCACUUUAACCCUCCUUAACUGUUAAAAUAUGGUCAACACCUUGGCUGUUUGCGGUCAUUUUUGACCGGAUACAAUAAAGGUCUACCCCUUUUUUAUUUUUAUGAAAUGUUAUAACACUAACUUCCCUGAAGUAGUAACAAUAACAUUUUGGGGAUUUUUGGCACUUUUGGGAUUUUAGGAUAUUUAGAUCUUAUUUGCAUGUACAUUUUUCAAUUUCACAAUCAUUUACGGAUGCAAAAAGCAACUUCACUACAGUAAAAAUGGUGGCGGGGGGUCUAUAUGUAUAUAGGACUGUGUGCGUGCAUUCUGCAUGUGAUUGUGUGUGUGCAUGCAUGUGAAUCUUUUGCACACUGGAUGUUUUAUAGUCUCACUCCAUUUCUGUGGGUUUGUUCAGCAUUUUGACUGAUAUAUAGAUUGUAUUCAACACAUAAAAAAAAAAAAAGAAAUUAUCUGUGUUAGGGUCUUUCCCAUUCAUUUCCUAUGGUUGAUCAAUUUUGACCGUGGACAUACAAGGUGUCUAUUUUUAUUACGACCACUUAGAUUCAUCAAAUGAAGUCCAAAUUUAAUUUAAUUUUUUCAGAUUGCACAUUUUUUUUUUUUCUCCCCAAUUUGGCAUGCCCAAUUUCCAGUGCCCUCUAGGUCCUUGUGGUGGUGUAGUGACUCACCUCAAUCUGGGUAGGGGAGACAGUCAAUCUGCGCAUAUUAUCACGUGACUUGAGCGCGUUAUCACAGAGACCUAUUGCGUUUGGAGGCUUCACACUAUUUUUCUAAGCAUCCACGCACAACUCACCACAUGCCCCACCAAGAGCGAGAACCACAUUAUAGCGAUCACAAUCAGGUUAAUCCUACAUGACUCUACCCACCCUAGCAACCAAGCCAAUUGGUUGCUUAGGAAGCCUGACUGGAGUCAUCAGAUUGCAUAUAUAAUAGUCACCAAGUUUUGAAACACUCAGAUUAAGGAAGCCAUUUUUAUUUAAAAAAUGAAAUGGGUAAAAAAUGACCAAACAGCCUAGUAGGUUUAAACAUGCACUCACUAACUACACUCUCUAAGCGCUUCCUCUUGGGGGAAUCCCAGAUGCCAUUUUGGAAGUCCAUUCCACUUAGUUAAAGGGAUAGUUCACCCAAAAUUGACUCCUCAUUUACUCAGCUUCAUACCAUUCUAUAUGUGUAUGAAUUGGGGGGUUUUUUCUGCAUUUUCUAAAAAUCUUAAUUUGAGUUCAGCAGAAGAAAGUCAUAAAUAUCAGGUAUGAGGUUGAAUAAAUGAUGAGAGAAUUUCUUUUUUGGGGGUGAACUAUCCCUUUAAACGAAAAUUCGGGUUCAAUCAAAGUUAAACUCAAUCUGGGGCAUUUGUGUCAUUAUGUUGAUUACCACAAAAAUUCAUUAUGACCUUUUUUUUUUUUUUUUUUUACAAAGCAAAAAUUCUGGGUUCCUGUGAGGCACAUACAAUGGAAGUGAAUGGGGGCCAAUCUGUAAAUGUUAAAAUACUCACCGUUUCAAAAGUAUAGCCACAAGACAUAAACAAUAUGCAUUUUAACAUGAUUUUAGUGUGAUAAAAUCGCUUAAAACCUUUGUCAAGCCAUGACUGUAAUGUCAACAAACCCUAAUAACAGCUGUAAAAAUGACAAUUUAAACAGCUUUAAAGCUAAACAAAAAUGCAUGAUUUUUAACAUAAGAUUUAAUAUAAGUGCUUUUAUAAAAUUACCAGCUUCAUAUUUCUGCCUUUAAGACAACCAAAGAUUGGCCUCAUUCAGUCCCAUUGUAAGUGCCUCACUGUAACAUAUCUUUUUAGAUUUUUUCAUUUUUGUGAAAAUCUAAAUUAUGUCACAAAUGCUGUCGAUUAAUUUUAAUUUGUACUGAACCCGGAAUAUUCCUUUAAACCUUAUUGCACAAGCGGGUUUACUCGCGCAGUGUAAUUAAUAAGUUAGUUCACUGAGAGAAGUGCAUGUUUACUUUGUGACGUGAGAGACAAUGGUAAGCUAUUUUUAGGAAGCCAUGGUGACCACCUAUGUGUCCCAGGAAAUUAUGUAUCAGUUCAGGUUAAAUGGCUUCAAAAGUUUUCAGAUUACUCAGCGACCUGAAUCUACCAUUACCUGUUGUGCAAUCAACCUUUGUCCCAAUUGUGACCAUCAGAGGGCACUGUGGGUUUUUUGGCUCUCUAAUGAACAGCAUUAUGAAAUGAGGAAAGAAUUACAGUGUACAGUUGAAUAAUGCCACGUCAUUUUAAAACGACAAAAGCAUUUUAUAAUAUUGACACUACGGUGAAAAUAUAGUACAAUACUUUUAACUGUCAUUGUUGCCAUGUCAUCUUUUCGCUGUUUCUGAAAUAUGUGUAGUGUUGGGUUUUGUGAAUUGGUAUUCAAUUUUGGGAAUGAACCCAUAGAAGCAUCAAAGUCUCGGCAGACACUGUGGGUAUCUCACAGUAUGGCUGCUGAAAGCUUUGCUUUUUUUUUUUUUUUUUUAAGAC